CAGACAGGUACGGAAGCCCGGAGCUGACAGAAAGGAUAGCGAAAUCCGGGCGGGACUGAACUGGAAAGGGGCAGGCAUGUAUUGAGGAGCGAGAGACGUUACUGGGAUUGUUUAAUCGCCAAUAAAACAGUAGGCGCUGUUACAUGACUGUCCAUUCGCAGCUUUCUGUUUAUGGCGUUCAUCAUGAUGAAGAAAAAGAAGUUUAAGUUCCGGGUGGAUUUCGAGUUGGAUGAGCUGUCGUCUAUCCCGUUUGUUAAUGGAAUACUGUUCUGUAAGAUCCGCUUACUGGAUGGCGGUAGUUUCAGUGCAGAAUCGUCACGGGAAGUUGUCCAAGCCAAUUGUGUACACUGGAAGAAGACAUUCUCCUUCAUGUGCAAAAUGAGCGCUAGUGCAGCCUCCGGUGUCCUUGACCCGUGUGUUUGCAGGGUGUCUGUGCGCAAGGAAUUAAAAGGAGGGAAAGCAUAUGCAAAGCUGGGCUUUGCAGAUUUGAACCUUUCGGAGUUUGCUGGCUCUGGUAACACAAUCAGACGUUGCCUUCUUGAGGGUUACGACACCAAGAACACACGGCAAGAUAACUCCAUCCUAAAGGUUGGGAUCAGCAUGCAGCUCAUGUCUGGGGACCCCUGCUUUAAAACGCCGCCUUCUACAGGCACCUCAAUUGCAACCCCCGGGGACACAGACUCCUUGCAGGAAGACCGAAAAGGCAGAGAAACCAAGAAACUACAUCUGGGAGUUGCAGACCUGUCGUCCAAGAGUGCCUCAGUCCCUGAUGAGCUAGGAGCAUGUAGACAUUCUCGAACAUCAAGCUAUGCCAGCCAGCAAUCCAAAGCUUCAGGGUACAGCACCAGCCAUUCGAGAUCUUCCAGCCUGUCUGAGCUGAGCCACCGGAGGAACACAUCCGAGGGUAGCGCGUCCACAGGGAUCGGCAGCAUCCCGGAGCCAAACGACGAAGACACUAAUAAAGUCCCUUCGUUCAGCACAGAAAUUGCAGAAGGAUCAUCUUCUGAAAAGCUGAACAGGCUUCCAGUAAAACAGGACUCUGUAGAGUCGCAAUUAAAACGAGUAGAUGCCACCAGAGUUGACGCAGAUGACGUUGUUGAAAAGAUCCUUCAAAGUCAAGAUUUCUCUUUGGAUUCAAGUGCUGAAGAGGAAGGUCUGAGGCUUUUUGUCGGCCCUGGAGGGAGCACAGCCCUUGGAAGUCAUCACCUGCCACACAGGGUUGGAGCAGGAGCAUAUGAACAAGUAGUUAUAAAACGCUAAGAAAAUCUGCCUUCCAAGGAAAACCGCCCCAUCGGUGGACAUGUCGUUCUCCUAUCCAGCCGGGAAAUUUUAACGUGCUGUAGAAUGUUCUGUUGGAACAGAAUUGCAGGGGUUAACGGGACGGAACAAUCCAAGAUACUGCCUUAAUUGGUUCAAUUUUUAAUCCCUUCUUGGAACGGAAGAGUUAACCCUUGGCCUGCCAGAGUAAAAUAAUGGCAAUGCAAUGGUUACUGUAGUGGCUGGAAAAAUAUGGACAUUGUUUUGGAUACCUAUGCUUUAAAAUCUCAAAUAUUGUUAAAACAGGUAAGGUCGUAGAACAUUGGUGUGCCACUGUUGCUAGUCGUUAAUAAAUACUAUGUACAG